CCAGCCAGAGAAACAGAAGCCAUGCCCUUAGAAGAACAAUCCUUCAAAUCCAUUGCCCUUUUAAUCCCACCACCAAACAAGAACACAGAGGGUUUCUAACUGGGAAUCAUGGCAAACGCAAUGGCUGCGCACCACCAAAAAUUGCCUUCAUUCUCUGUUCUUCCUUCUUCUCUUUCCGACUUCAAUGGCGCCAGACUCCACGCCCAAGUUCAGUAUAAAAGGAAGGUUAUGCAGCCAAAGGGAGCAUUACAUGUUACAGCAAGUGCAAAGAAGAAUAUUCUUAUAAUGGGUGGCACCAGAUUUAUUGGUAUAUUUUUGUCUAGACUUCUUGUCAAAGAGGGUCAUCAGGUGACUUUGUUUACAAGAGGAAAAGCACCUGUUACACAACAAUUGCCUGGCGAGUCGGAAGCAGAUUAUGCUGAUUUUAAAUCCAAGAUUCUGCAUUUGAAGGGAGACAGAAAAGACUUUGAUUUUGUGAAAUCCAGUCUCUCGGCUGCAGGGUUUGAUGUAGUUUAUGACAUAAAUGGGAGAGAAGCAGUUGAAGUUGAACCAAUUUUAGAUGCUUUGCCUAAGCUAGAGCAGUUUAUAUACUGCUCUUCAGCUGGUGUCUACCUCAAGUCUGAUCUCCUACCUCACUUUGAGGUAGAUGCAGUUGAUCCAAAGAGUAGACAUAAGGGAAAGCUCGAGACGGAGAGCUUACUGGCAUCGAAGGGUGUUAAUUGGACUUCUAUAAGACCAGUCUACAUUUACGGACCAUUGAACUACAACCCUGUGGAAGAAUGGUUCUUCCACCGGUUGAAAGCGGGUCGCCCCAUUCCAAUCCCCAACUCAGGCAUUCAAAUUACACAACUUGGUCAUGUCAAGGAUUUGGCAAAUGCUUUUGUUCAGGUUCUUGGUAAUGACAAGGCAAGCCAACAAGUAUUUAAUAUCUCUGGUGAAAAAUAUGUUACAUUUGAUGGGUUAGCCAAAGCUUGUGCUAAGGCUGGAGGCUUUCCUGAGCCUGAGAUUGUCCACUACAAUCCAAAGGAGUUUGACUUUGGAAAGAAGAAGCCAUUCCCUUUCCGUGAUCAGCAUUUCUUUGCAUCGAUUGAGAAAGCGAAGAGCGUGCUCGGGUGGAAGCCCGAAUUCGAUUUGGUGGAAGGUCUUGCAGACUCCUACAACUUGGACUUUGGCAGAGGCACUUUCAGGAAAGAGGCUGAUUUCUCAACAGAUGACAUAAUCCUUGGCAAGAGCCUGGUUCUUCAAGCUUGAGGCAUCCUUCUUUUUCAUUUUUUUCAUGGCUAUUUUUACUCAUUUUCUACCCGAGCUGCAGUGGUUAAUCGACCGAUCUCGAGUUGAGAAGUCAAUUUAGGAAUGUUAUAUAUGUGUAUGUAUGGGGUGGAGAUUUGUUUGUGUUGGCUCUAGUUUCUUCAAGUGGCAAGCAAUUUAGAGAAGCAUUAGAACUAGGCCUUGUCAAUUCAUUAGAGGCCUUCUUCAUUCAAUCAUAGACAAACUCAAAUGUUUAUGAUCCGAAAAAUGCAGUAUAAAUGAUGCCAUUUGUCUCUUCUUGUUCA